AUGGAUGACAUUGCUGUGAUUGGGAUUGGAUGCAAUUUUCCAGGGGGUGAAAGCCUUGACAACUUCUGGAAGGUUCUAGUGGAAGGUAGGAAUUGUGCAGUAGAGAUUCCAGAUGAGAGAUUUGACUGUUCCCAGUGGUAUGAUCCAGAUGAGAACAAACCUGGGAAGACACGAACCAAGAGGGCUGCUCUUAUAAAUGGAUUUAAUGAGUUUGACAACAAGUUCUUCGGCAUCACGGAUGCUGAGGCUGACCAGAUGGAUCCUCAGCACAAGAUGCUGCUGCAGUGUUCCUACAGAGCCCUGGAGGAUGCUGGGAUUCCCAUGGAGAAGGCCAGUGGCACCAGAACAGGGGUUUAUAUAGGUCUCAUGAACAGGGACUAUGAGAUCCGUUUGAGUAGCAGCAGCAGCACAAUAACCCACUAUUACGCCACGGGUACGGCUAUGAGUGUGGCAGCCAACAGGAUCUCCUACACUUUCAAUCUCACUGGGCCUUCAUUUGCUCUGGACAGUGCCUGUUCGUCCUCCUUAGUAGCCCUUCACUCUGCCUGCCAAGGCAUCAGACAAGGUGACUGUGAUAUGGCUCUGUGUGGAGGUGUCAGCUGCAUUGUUGAGCCAAACAUUUUUGUGGCUCUCAGCAAAGCCAAAAUGAUCUCACCUGAUGGCACUAGCAAACCUUUUUCCAAUAAAGCAGAUGGAUAUGGCAGAGGGGAGGGCUGUGGCAUUGUCCUUUUAAAACCUCUGAAGAGGGCUUUAUCAGACUGUGAUCACAUAUGGGGCAUUAUCAGCAAAACUGCAGUAAACCAAGAUGGCCGCACUGUCACUCCAAUCACCAAGCCAUCCAUGGCUCAACAGGAGGACCUUCUCAGCAGAAUCUACUCUACAGAGAGUGACCUGAUCAGUGUCCAGUACAUAGAGGCUCAUGGGACUGGAACACCAGUAGGUGACCCAAUAGAGGCAGGCAGCAUAUCAAAGGUCAUUGCCAAAGCAAGACCAUCAGGAUCAGGGCAGAUAUAUAUGGGUUCAGUUAAAGGAAACAUUGGGCACACUGAAUCAGCAGCAGGGGUGGCAGGACUGAUUAAGGUUCUCCUAAUGAUGAAACAUGAAACAAUUGUGCCCUCAGUGUUCUACACAGAGGAUGGAGCUAGCAUUGAUGCUAAAGCCCUGAAUGUAAUCGUACCUACCCAGCCACAAAAAUGGUUAGCCCCAAGCACUGGAAGGGCUGCAGGAAUAAACAACUUUGGUUUUGGGGGGACCAAUGCUCAUGUUAUCAUCAGAGAGUAUAAUCAACCGAACAAUUCAGAUAGAGAGGUUCAGAAAUCUCAGCACAUGUUUGUGCUCUCAGCAGCAUCAGAAAAAUCUCUUACCAGUAUGAUUGCUGAUAUGGCUGAACAGCUGAGCAAGGAGACAACAGCUGACAUACAAACUCUUUCAUACACGUCAGCAUGUAAGAGAAGUCAUGUAAAACACAAAUACAGGAAGGUGUUCAGAGCCUCAUCAUUGACAGAGUUAGGAGGACAGCUCAAGUCAAGUCUUGAUAAAAAGAUAAUCCCCUCCAAAUCAGAUCCCAGAUUGGUGUUUGUUUUCUGUGGCAAUGGUGUUACCUACAGAGGGAUGUGCAGACAACUGCUCAAGAAAGAGCCCGUUUUCAAAGAAAAGAUCAUGGAAAUUGAGAGAGCCUUACAAAGCUACAAAAGCCAGAGCUUGAUAGAUGCACUUGAGAAUGACAUUGUUGAAGAUCUUGACUUCUCAAAACCAGAUGUUGUCCAGCCACUGUUGUUUGCUGUUCAGGUGGCCAUUGUUUCUCUCUUAAAACACUGGGGCGUAAACCCAGAUGCUGUUCUUGGGCAUUCUGUAGGAGAGGUUGCUGCUGCUCAUUGCUCUGGUCUGCUGUCACUUGAGGAUGCUGUCAAGGUCAUCCAUUACCGCAGUGUGUUGCAGAACAAGGUCACUGGUGGGAAGAUGUUGGUUGUCAGUAACAUGGCUGUAACAGAUGUACUUCAAUACCUGUCAUCUUUCUCAGGGAAAAUUUAUUUAGCUGCCCAUAACAGUCCCACAUCUUGCACUCUAUCAGGUGAUGCAGAAUCCAUUUUGGCUCUGCACAAAACACUAAGCAGUUCAGCAAACAGCAAUACUCUGUUUCUUACUGUCUUGGAUGUCCCUGCUGCAUACCACAGCCACAUGAUGGACCCAAUUCUCUCAGAGGUAAAGAGCAGCAUAGGGUCUCUGGAGAAAAAUGGAAUGGAUGCAGAGUUGUACUCAACUGUAUCGGGCAAAAUAGCUAGCAAUCAUGAUUUCUGUACUGGCUUAUACUGGUCCAUGAAUAUCCGUGAAUCUGUUGAGUUUGAGAAGGCACUGAUAUCAGUAGCUAGUAACAAUCGGAAUGCAGUGUUUGUGGAGAUAGGUCCCAGACGAGCUUUGUACAGAAACAUCAUGGAGACACUUGGGAAUGACUCUAUUGUCCUGUCUUCAGCACAGCCUGAAAAAGAUCAUGAGACACUGCUUACCACUUUCAGUAAGCUCUUUGAGUUAGGUUUCAGUGCUAACUGGGAUCAAUUCUAUUCUGGCAUGCAGAUCAUUCCAACUUCCCUUCCAAGGUAUCAGUUUGACUGUGUUAAGAGAUACAUCACCCUUUCACAUGCACCAGAGAGUACAGCAAGUGGCCAUCCUGUCCUCAAACAGACACGAUUAAGAGCCCAUGAGUUUGUUUGUGAUUUAUCAUCCCCAAAACUCUCAUAUUUGUCAGAACACAAAAACAAUGGUGUUCCCAUUAUCCCAGGGGCUUUAUAUGUUGAGAUUGGCCUGGCUGCUUACAUGGCAAAUGCCAAGCCAAAGGCUUCACUCAACACACUGCAACUGAGUAUCAACUUCUUGACUCCAUUUCUGUUGACUAAGCGUCAACCUGAGCUGAAGGUGACUCUUGAAUCAGUUGAGCAUGAGACUCUUUUUAAGAUUCAUUCCAGCAGCACAGUCUUUGCAUCAGGGAGCAUAGAAUGUAAACAAGAGAAGAUGGUGGAUGAAAGGAACAUUUUGUUAGAUUGCAUAUCUAACAGAUGCACAUCUGUUAUUAAAUCUGAUGAGUUGUACAGGAAAUUAGACAAAGGAGGCUUCCAGUAUGGUGGUGUCUUCAAGAACAAAGGAGACAUUCUUUGGGGGGAGGAAUUAAGGGAGUCUUAUUCUCUUGUAACUGUCCCAGAGGAGCUACUUAGUCAAGUACAUGAAUUUUGCGUCCAUCCAGUUAUUCUGGAUUACCUAAUGCAGAUGACACUCAUCACAGGUUGCCAGGGGAAUCAUGUCAGACCAAGCUUUCCCUCAGCUGUUGGUAGUUUCAUUGUGCUGGAACCCCUCCAGAAGGAGAUGGUUAUAUAUCUAAAAGCCACUGAUCUGGCAGAUGAUCACUUUGUAGUGUGUGGCUGUCUUACAGACAGAGAGGGGAGAGUUCUUGUUGAGGUGAGGCAUUUAGUGGUCAAGUAUGUUGGGAGUUUAUCUCGUGUUCUUGAGAUGAACUUCUUUCACAAUGAUCUCAACAUCAUUUCAGAGGAUGCACAGACAACAAUGACUCAAGGGAAUGCAUUGGUCUUUUCUGACCAUGAUGCCAUUUCAUUGGCCAUAAAACCAUAUCUAAGUAAUGGAUCAAAAUAUAUUUCCUUAAAGUAUGCAAAUACAGUGUUGAAACAGGGACCGGCUGCAUUGUUUGCUAAGGUAAACAUCUCAGAUGUGAGGAAAACUUUCACAGAUAUUUUGUUCAUGUGGGGCAAUCAAGACCUCUCCACUCAGACAGUUGAUGAUGUCUUGACAAACAUGGCAAAUUGUUGUGAACAAUUCCGCCAAUUACUUUUAGAACUGAGGAAGAUGAAUUACACAAACUCUGUCAGAGUAGUGACUAAUCAAUCUUCAGAGACUACAGUGAACCAUAUCAGUUCAGGGUUUGUACUUUCAGGCAUGACAAGAGCAUGUGCAGCGGAAAUAUCUGAAUUCACAUUUCAGCUGAUUGACAUUGGCUCUGUCUCAGCUGAGAACAUUAGAGCCCUCAAUCAGGUCCUGACUUGUUAUCCCUGCAGCGAAUACCCAGAGUUGGUAGUGAAAGAUGGUCAGAUUCUUCAACCACAAAUUGUAAACACCACCAUGCCUGUAACAGGAAGCCAAGAGAAGAAGGUUUGCAGUUCACAAGCAAAGGCUUUCACUUUACAGACAGCAGACCCUUUCAAAAUGACCAGUAUAUCUGCCAUUCCCUCUGAUGUGGAAGUUGGACAAAUACCAGAGAAAAAUGUUGAGGUUCAGCUGAGUCAAAUUUGUGUCCAUUCAUCAGAUUACUAUUCAGUUAGUGUCUCUGACCACAACUUUGGUCAAACAAUGUACUGGAACAAACACACAAAUCAGACUCACAAACUCCUGGCACUUGACUUCAGUGGCAUUGUCACAGCUGUGGGGAAGGGUGUGAGGAAACUAAAAGUUGGAGACCGCAUUGCUGCAUGUUACCCUGUAAUAGCCUCCUCAAAAAUUGUAGUACCAGGAGAUGUUUGCUACAGAACAAAGAAACUUCCAUUUUUGAGUGACCUCCCAUGUGUUUCAUACUAUGUAGUAGUCUGGAGGAUACUCCACUCAAUUAUACCAAAACUGAAAUGGGAUGGCAAAUUGGCCAUUAUCUCCUCUGUCCCUGACUCAGGCUUGGUGAAAGCCCUCACUCUGAUUGCAAAUAAGUCUGGAUGGAAGGCCUUUGUUACAACUGAGCUGAGUGGGCCACUGCAAGAUCUGAACAAAUUCGAUGCACUUGUCUUACUGCCUCCAUUUAACAAAUCUCUCUUUGUCAAAGCUUGCACCAUCUCUGGUGUCAAACAUAUUGUUGUUGUUCAUGACAGUAAGGUUUCAACAAUUGAUUCUGAAAACAUUCUUAGAGAAGACAAUGAUGUUGCUUUCAUUCAGACCAUUGAGGUCUCCAGCAUUCUGGCCAAAGGGUCAAUUAGAGCAAACCAACCACGGAUUUAUAAAUGGCUGAGGGCACUACACCUUGACAAGAAGUUUUUAGCUCUCUCAACGAUUACAUUUCAGAGGAGCAUGACUGGAAGCAUUGACAUACUGCCCUUUGAUGAGCCAAAGUCUUACUUUAGUGUCAGAACUAUGCCUAUGGUGAUACUAGAUGGAAGCAAAGGAAAGCAUGCAGUCUCUGAUAUUGUACUGCUACCAGGAGAACACAGGCUCUUCAACAAGAACUGUGUGUACAUUGUGAGUGGUGGCCUCACUGGGCUGGGGUUUGAGACAGUGAGGUUCAUUGCUGAGAGAGGUGGAGGGUACAUUGUCAUUCUCUCCAGGAGGAGUCCGAGCUCUGAGAUGCAACUAGAGAUUGAUGCUGUGAAGCAGCAGUGUGGGGCAGUGAUUGUCAGUUUACAAUGUGACAUCGCCAUCCCUGAACAAGUGAAAAAGGCCAUCUUUACCAUUGAGGAAAGUCUCAUCUCUUGCCCCAUAAAGGGAAUAUUUCACAGCGCAGUUGUACUUCAUGAUGCUCUUUUAGAGAAACUUGACAAAUCCCUCUUUGAGAAGGUACUGAAGCCCAAAUUGAAUGGAGCGCUGAAUCUCCAUCAUGCUACACAGCACUGUAAGCUUGACUAUUUUGUGUGCUUCUCAUCAAUUGCCUCAUUUUUAGGCAAUGCAUCCCAGACAAACUAUGCAGCUGCUAACUCAUUUCUUGACACCUUCUGUCAUUAUAGAAGGCGUCUCGGACUUGCAGCGCAGUCCAUCAACUGGGGGGCCUUGAACCUUGGCCUUCUCUUGAACAAAGACCAUCUGCAAAAAUUUUUAGAGGCCAAAGGCAUGAUGGUGAUGCAUGGUCCAGAAAUCCUUCAGAGCCUAGAGCAGUGUCUUAUGUUGAACAAAGCUCAGCAAGUCAUUUGCAAGUUCAACUUCAAAACUAUGUAUCAUCAUGGGUUUUCACAAAAUCCCUCUCUCUCUAAGCGGUUGGGCACUUUGGUUUUAGGUGAACUUACUGAUGCAGAUAUGUCUGAUGUGCCGACUGAAUCGUCUUCUUCCCCAAAUGAGUUUGUCACUAGGGUAGUCAGUGAGACUUUGGGUGUUGAGUAUGAUGAGCUGAAUGAUGAGACAUUCCUCUCAGCUCUGGGUGUUGACUCCAUGUUGGGACUGACUCUACAGAAUCUUAUCUUCCAGGAGAAAGGUAUAAACAUCCCUCUUGUCAAAUUACUGGAUCCUAACUUAAAUAUUUCAAAUUUGGCAGCAAUACUAAUAGAACCUUCUCAAGAUGUUAUAGAAGACAGGAAUGAUGCUACACGGUUAUAG